GUGAUUCAAAAUCACCACAAUUCAAACUCGGCCGUUUAUUUAUUUCUUUCGAUUCAAAUCGUUCGAAUGUGUUUAGUUCAUCGCUCAUCAUCGUCAUCGGGUUUUUUUCGUUCAUCAGCUUAUCGUUCUUGAGCUUUUUUUUUCCCUCCGAUCACGACGACCGAACCAAAAAAUUAAUUCAAACAAAAUUUAAUUGUGCUUCAUUUGCUAAAUGAAUAAUUUUCAAUAAUAAUUGAAAUUGCUUUCGGAUUUUACGAGUUUUGAGACGGUAAAACGAAAAAGAAAUCACAAAGAGAAAGAAAAAAGACGCGACGAGAAAAAGAGAAAAGAGUGUAAAAAUUAAUUAUACACAAAUCCUGCAGAAAGAAAAAGUGAACAGCAAAACAAAAGGUGAAGAGGUUUAAAAGGCAGUGGCCAUGGCAACAUAUAAAUUUUACCUGAUUUCACUGAGUCUAACGUGGUUAGUGUGCAUUUCAAACGCUGAACAUGUUCAACAUGCACCUUGUGAAUCGAAUCCAGGAGACUGUACGGUGCAUGAGGUGAGGGUCGUGCCGUGUCCCGAAUCAGAGGAGCACAAACCAUGCAAAGUGAAACGUGGCAAAACGGCAACCAUUUCAUUUGAUUUCACAACGCAAUGGGAAGCAACGACCGCACAUGGUGAAUUGUUUUCGGCGGAUGAUGAAGAGGACCUACCAUUGAAUGGAAUGAAUAUGCAUAACGCAUGCCAAUUCACCUCGUGUCCAAUUCGAGCAUCAACCAAACAAUCCUACACCUAUACACUUCCCUUGGCGAAAAAAUUCCCAGUGGGCACGUAUACGAUUCGAUGGGUCCUACGCAAUGCAGCCAAACCUGAAGAAACCAACGAACGAUGCUGUUUCACUACCAAAAUCAAGCUCACCAAAUGAAACCGCACACAACACAUUCAAACACACACAUGAAACACAACACAUAACACACUCUCAUACUCCGUUUAAUAGCAUGGAACACACACACACGCACCGCACUCAAUAAUUGUUCUACGCAUUUGUUGUUGCUGAUGAUGUCGUUGGGUUCAAAUGUUUAUAUAAUUUAUUUUUUUAGUGACAAUACAAAAGUGAGACAAGAUCCUAUAAAAACAAACCAAAAAAAAAACAUGCUCCACAUUUUAUGAACUAUUGUACAUUUCGAGAGAGCACCGAAAUAAAUAUAAAAUAUAUA